CGUAAGAAAUUUGCAGUACCUGAAGUGUACAAUUUACAGUGAGCACAGUCUGUUUUUGUUAAAGAAUUAAUAUACAAUUUGAUAUACAAUGUUUGUUGUGUUUAAACACUUUGGACUCUUGUUGGUGUAUAUUGGCUUAACGGAUUGCGAGAUGAUUGCGAACAAUACAUUCACAGUGACAAACACAUAUCCGACAGGAAACGGCGUAUGGAGAGCCCAUGUAUCUUGCUAUACCAACUUUCCCGGCCAUGCAUAUGCACCCAACAACGCAUGGAUAGUCACAAGAUAUGGUGUACAAAUAACCAACUAUCAGGACUACCUUAACGGAAAUUCAAUCGAAAUUGACCCUGAUGGUUUAUGGGUAAUUUCAAAUGUCGGAAAUGGGAGCAGUGGUGGAAGCCUAAGUUAUAGCUUUGAAUUCAGUUAUGACCUAUGGUUUGGCAAUCGGUCACCAUCAGGGGAUUGUCAUCAAUUCACGGAUAUUGUCCAAGCAGAGCAAUUCGCAUUGAACAACUUGUAUCCCCCGGAUGCACCUAGCGAUACAUUAAUAGCAACAGAUACGUUUGAAAGAACCACCUUCACAGCUGAUAUCAAUCAAGGCGCGUGCCAUUUCUCAUUUCCGGGAAUCACAUUCGGUGCCAAUGAGGCUGUAAUCCUUGUGUCGUUCACGGUUCCUAUCGAUUACGUAAAUGACUCCAGUGAAAACAUUAUUCUCGAUGCAGCAGACGAUCAGACUUGGUACAUUAUACAAGAGAUGUCUUACUAUAGCGAUUCCUCUGACUACACCGUUCACUUCCGGUUUAAAACGGCCAAUGAAGAUUUAAGUUCGGCUGUUUGUUACUUGUACGUUUCGGAAUCGGACGCCAGGGCUGCAGCCCAAGGACAAACAUCCCCACCAACAACAAGCUCGAUCAGUACGAACCCUGUCACACCGGUACCACUAAAUUCAUUUCCGAUCAUUGACCUGAAUAUAACACGUCAUAAUAAAAGCGAAGGAAAGUUGAUAGAACUUCAACAAAUGCGGAACAAGUACGUGCAUGAGGGACAUUUAUGGGAAAAAGUGGGUGUAAGUCUCGUACAAUGCGGACGACUGUGCUUAGCGGACAGCAAUUGCAUAUCUGUUUUUCAUCAAGCGGAUGAAGCCGCGUGUACAGCACAUCACGUGGUAUAUUCAAAUGGAAUUUCAGUUCCAGGUGUUACUUACUAUAAAGUAUUACAAUAAUAAACGUAAACGUUUAAACGUAUGCCUAGUUAACAUGGCAUUAAAUAAUAAAAUGUUAA